CCUCGCUUUGUAUCUGCAGCUUCCUCUGCAACCAUGUCUGAUAAACCCGAUAUGGCUGAGAUUGAGAAAUUCGAUAAGUCGAAACUGAAGAAGACAGAAACGCAAGAGAAAAAUCCACUGCCUUCAAAAGAAACGAUUGAAUAAGAGAAGCAAGCAGGCGAA